GGCCCCUUGGGCACGCGCACGGGGAAGAAGUUCGUGCGCAACUUAAUCUGAACGCCACCGGUUCCGAAGCCAGGCCGCACAGGCAAGUCCGUGUCCUGAACCGUCAAUGACCUCAAGGAGGCCACGAGGGCUUCCUCAGAAUUGUCCGUCAGACGCGCAUCGACGUUUGCCGGCACGCCAGGCAGGAAGACCCUGCAACAAACGAGGCAAGUUGAGUGUCGCCCGUCAGUACAAGGGAGCACGAAGCGACUCACCCUGCCGGUUCCCUGGGUGGCCCUCCCCUUCCCCGGCCUCUGUCCCCUCCUCGGAAGCCUCCUCCUCCACGGUCCCCCCCUCGGAAGCCUCCUCCUCCACGGUCUCCCCCUCUGAAUCCGCCGCGAUCGCCGCCUCUAUAUCCUCCACGGUCGCCGCCACGGAAGCCCCCUCCACCACGGUCCUGGUACCCGCCGCGGCCUCCUCCGCGGUCGCCCGGUGCAGGGCUUCCGCGGCCGCCUCGCCCUCUGUCAUAGCCUCGUCCUCGAUCGCCGCCCCUGUUCAUCUGUCACUUCGAGUGCGUUGAGCGGUGGACGGUGUGGUAGUCGCAAGGACAGUGGUCGAGGGUGGUUGCGUCCGGCGCGCGUAUAUAGUCCGGACACAGCCUCGUGGCUUGGUGAUAUUCAUGCACUGUUAUGGACAACCGCGCGUCUCUGUAUGGUAGCACCAAAGGGUCCGUCUGAGUUAGUCUCCGUUGCUGAUCAAAAACUGACAAAACGAGAUACUUGUCUGAGUCAAG